CUGUCAGACAAGGUAGAGGGCUCAAACCCCCAUGACGUUUGUAUUGACGGUCUGUGGUGUAUGUGAAGUAUGGCUGGAGACGGCGAAAAGAAGCCAGUGCUGGAGAUGGUCCAAGCUGAUGGGGCUGAUGAGGGCUGUGUGACAUUUGUGCUUCAUGAUGAAGACCAUACACUGGGCAACUCACUCAGAUAUAUGAUCAUGAAAAAUGCGGAUGUGGACUUUUGUGGCUACACCAUCACUCACCCUUCUGAGAGCAAGAUCAACUUUCGCAUACAGACACAAGGAGGAGCUGCAGCCACAGAGCCUCUGCGGAGGGGUCUGAAUGAACUUAGUGACGUUUGUCAACAUGUUCUCAACACAUUUCAGGCGAGAGUUAAUGAGUUCAAAGAGAGGCAAGAGGAACCCAUGGAAUGAAGCCCAUCACAUGUGAAAAUUUAGUUUUGAUAUUUCUCUUUUAUAUGUCUACCAGCUAAAGAUAGGUAUGGCAAGUUCUCCUACCCCUCAAACCAGUUUGAUAAUGUCAUUUUCAGACAUUUGUACAGUUUUCUUUUGUAUUAUGUUCAAAUUGAUUUAUGAUGUGUGAUAAAUGUGCUCUUGUGUUCAUCUGUCCUGAAUUGUUGGAAUGAUUAGCAAAACAAAUUUCAAACAUUAAACUUAGUGAACAAAGAUUUUCCUUUUCCUUU